AUGAACGACAUACUAACACGGCGGCCUUAUACUCGAAGAUCAGCCUUCGAAGGCAUGGUCCCGCGACAGAAAAAAGAAUGGGCCUUCGUCGUCAUCAAUUUUUGCUAUUGGGCACUCGGCUUCACGUCGGUUAUUCUCAGCAUGUGGAUUAUGCGCGAGAGAGAUCAAUUUGUCGAAUUAAUCCCAAUUGGCUUUGCUCCGAACAGUUGUGCAGGCUUUUUAUUAUGUUCUGGACUCGUUAUCAUGGCGCUAGCUAUUAUGGCUAUCUAUGCUAAUUAUUUGAAGAGUAAACGGAUGAUGGCAUCGUACUGCCUGGGCAUCGGUUUCUUGGUUUUGAUCCAAAUCGCCAUCGGCACGAUCAGCACUUUUACUCGGGACGAUUCCAAACUACGCGACGACAUGAAGCGGUACAUCAAUUUAACUCGAAUUACGACAAUCAACAGUGAAGCCAUUAAUGUGACGUUGUCGUGGAAUUAUUUGCAAAAAAGUCUACAUUGCUGUGGAAUUGAUGGUUAUGAAGAUUGGUACUACAAUGCACGAUGGCCAACCGGGCAAUUUGUGCCAGAUUCAUGCUGUGAUGAAAGCUUCUUCGACUUUCGGGAAUCGGAUUACCGUGGCUGCGGGCGACUCGCGUUUCAGGAUUAUGUCUACAAAAAUGGUUGCCUUGAACCCUUCCGAAGCUGGCUUUGGUUUAAUCAGCACGUCGUUGCCGGAUUUUGUUUGUUUGCUUUAAUCGUAGAGAUAUUUUGCCUGCCGCUCGGAAUUUGGAUCUGCAGGGAGGUUUGGGUGAUGAAAGAUUGGCAGCAACGGCAGGGAUCUAGAGUCGGAAAUGCACGAUCGAUUUCAGAAACGGUGGCUGGUGGUCAGGAGCCGCGAAUCGAUGAUUCGGGAAUCCCACUUGUUCAGCCGCCGACGCACCCGACCAGA